AUGAACGGGAAGCGCAACCCAUGGGAGGCAGUCAACGUGCUCCCUUUCAUCGACGCCUACCGCCUGCGAGCGGCCGUGAAGGAGCUGUGUCCUCCCACGGCACUGUCGCCCCAGGAGGCGGAGAGAAACACAAGGGGACAGGUUGUGGAGUAUUUCCACGACGCUUUCGUGAGCCGGAAAGAGAUGUCCUGCAACCCGGAGAUAGGGCUGGCGGAUAUUCCCCAGUGCACGGCAUCAUCGAGGAUUGUGCCAUUCUCCAUCGAGCCAGGGGAGUGCUUCCGGCCGGAGCUUCCCCACGACGCCAUCAUCCCGUCCGCGGGUUUUCCCAGCCUGCACGUGCUUACCGUCGGUUCCGUGGAAGAGCGGAAGGUUCCGGUAAACUGCUUCGGAACGGCGUCCAGGUACGAGACGCUAGUCCUAGAGCUGAAGCGGCCCCCGGUGCUGCCCCCGGCGUCGGCGCUGUCGGGGAAGGUUCUGGGGAGGUCUGCGUACCUCAACUGGCCUCUCAUGCACGAGGCUCAGGUGGUCGGCAUCAGCGACGAAAAAGAGGAGUACCGCCUGGAGGAAGUCAAGGGCGGGGGGGGCAAGAAGCGCAAGACGAGGGUAAAGGUUAGCACCUUCACCGACGAGGCGGCUGGCCGCUGGCGUCUAAAGGCCGCAGAAGAGCAAGGUGCGUACAUCACCGGAAGAGGCGUGCCGGGCAGCGGGGGCGUCGACAUCGGCAAGGUUCAGCUCAUGCUCAAGGCGCGUCCCCUCCAAGGCAUGAGGGUCGACCCGGCAACAGGCGCGAGACGCAAGGUGUUUGGUAAGGAAGAGGCGGAGGUGCCGGUACACAUGGUGCUAUGGUCGUGCCCAUCUGAAGACCCCCGCUUCGUGGAGAGGGAGAACGUCACCCUAGAAGAACGUUUUCCGCUCGGUAGUCGCGUCACUUGCCUCCAUGGAGGAAACGGCCACGGCUGCGGGGGAGAGGUCGUCGCUCACAGCAAGGGGAAGGUCGACGUGCUUGCGGACUUGAGGCCACCCGAACCCCCCUUCGGGCUUGCCAUCGUACAGUCCGUCAAAACCGCCUACUUCCCUCAGCACAAGGCGUGCCAGACCCUCGGGAUCUCGCCACAGGUGUUUGGGCGCAUCGUCGGGAGCGUCUCUGUCGACCCUGGCAGGGUGGACUUAGCCCUCAACCUGAAGCAGAACGGCCGCUACCAGCUGCUCGGGUACUCUCGGUGCGUUCUUCGCAACGAGCCGGCGUGGUCGACCUCGGACACUGUUAGAGUGGUGGGAUCGGCGCCGGUGACCGAAGACAUGGAGGCGCGGUCGUGGGAGUUCUCUCUGGAAGCCAUCAAGCUCAUCACCCGCUACGCGCGGGCCUUCCCGCAGCUGUUCCAUGGCCUGGCGCGGCAUGGGGGGGAAAGGUUCUUCGAAGCAGAGAUGUUGCUCGGGAAGGGAGGAAAAUCGAAGAUGGAAAAGAUCUCCAAGUGGCUUUCCGAGCUUGAGACGGCCGGUCUCCAGCGGGUGCCCCUCACCACAAGGGCCUUGUCCCGAGAAGCUGUGAAGGCGGUGGAGAGGGGAGCGGACGUGCGACAGGCUGUACUGGUGAAGAACGCGAUGGUCAAGAAGACGUUGCUCAAGAAUCUCGAACCAUCGCAGCUGCUGGCCUACCACGUCGCAGACCACACGGACGCUCCCAUGGACACAGGGGGGGAAAAGCCAGACCUUGGCGAUAGAAUCGUCAACAUGCGGGCAAAGGGGGUGCCAUUUGGGGUCUGGGGCACCGUGGUUGCGUGUCACAGCCACAGCGCGUGCGUGGAGGUGGUUUUUGACGAGGAGUUCAUCGGCGGGGGAACUCUUCACGGGGUGUGCUCCAACUACAGGGGUGCGCUGGUGCCCUGGGCUACGGUGGCGAAGAUCCACACCAAGGCUCGCCUGCAGGCGUUGAGGGCGAAGGCAGCCCCGCAAGCCGAAGCGCAGGGUCGGAAGAAGGUACAGCUGUAG